AUGUAAAUUAAUCCUUUCUAUCUCCGAUUUAUUAAAACCCCAACUACUCAUCACUCGUUGAUGGAAAUCAAUUUUCAUGGCGAUUCUUGUGCUCCCGCGCUUUCACUACCUGACCCACACCUCACCCAACCUUACCUACCGUCCUCGAACCAGGCUACGCGGUUCUUCCGUUGCCGUCGCGUCAAUGCCGUCGAAACGCGAGAGGAUGGAAUCGAGUGGGGGACGGGACACCGGCGCCGCCGUUCUUUGGUUCAAGCACGACCUCCGCCUCGACGAUCACCCCGGUCUCGCAGCCGCGUCCAGGUGUCGGACGGUUGUUCCGCUCUACGUGUUCGACCGCCGAAUUCUCUCCCGCUUUUCUGAUGAAACGCUAGAAGUGCUUCUUCUUGCUUUGGAUGAUUUAAGAAAGUCAUUGAAGGAUCAGGGGUCUGAUCUGGUGAUCAGGUUGGGGACUGCAGAACAUGUGUUGCAAGAACUUGUAAAAGAGGUUAAAGCCACCAAGAUAUUUGCUGAGGAGGAGGUAGAGUACGACUUAUGUAGAAUGCUGGAUGUUGUUGGAAAGACCUUAUCAACAAUGUCUAUCCCAGAGGGGAAUCCGAGAUUUGUGCUGUGGAACACUCCACUUUAUGAUAUCAAGAACUUGAAAGACCUGCCAGCAUCCUACGAUGAGUUCGAGAAACUAAAGUUUACAGCAAUUUCACCUCUUUUGCCCCCAAAAUUACCAAAUUUAAAGGUCAAGUUGACAUGGGGUUCCAUACCCACACUGGAGGAUUUGAAGAAAUUUAUGAAUGACUGUCUCGGCAAAUCAAAAGAUCAUUGGACUUCAAUCAAUGGAAUCUCAGCUGAAAGUUUGUUCCGUAGCAAUAAGUUUGUGGCUUCAAGAAAUCAAAUUCAAGGGUUGGCGUUGUCAAAGACAGUGGACAGCAACCAAAGCAAUUCUUAUAACCGUUCCCGAAACAAGAGAAAUGAAUCUGUUUUUGUAACACAAAGAGGCAAUGUCGUGGGAGGUGGGACAACUGUCGUGUUGAAUGCAUUGGCUGCAUAUUUGAGAUACUUGGAGGGCACUGUCAGGGACGACUGGCAGGAGGUACAUGAAAAGUUACGCCAUGCUGAAAGCCGUGAAGGAGCUUCAUUUGGUACUCUUUUCGGGCCUGCCCUCUGCCUUGGCAUCAUAUCCAGAAGGAGAGCACAUUAUGAAGCUAUUAAAUAUGAGAAAGAAAGAAAUGGUGGAUUUCUGUCUCCCUUUGGAUAUUCAGCAGCCACUGUUGCUGCAGUUGCUGAUACUGUUUGCUCGAUGGAGUGGUAUUGGCUUAUGGCUUCAAAAAGUCAAUUUGUGGAUAAAGGAAGGUACACCAUACGAAUAUGGAGAUGGAAAGGCUUUCUAAUUCAGUAUACGGUUGCUGGUCACGAAGGUCCAGCUAUUCUUCUUGUGCAUGGUUUUGGUGCUUUCUUGGAACAUUUCCGCGACAAUAUCAAUCGUAUAGCUGAAGGCGGCAACCGAGUUUGGGCCAUUACGCUUCUGGGAUUUGGCAGAUCAGAGAAGCCGAAUGUUGUGUACACUGAAGUUAUGUGGGCUGAAUUGCUCAAAGACUUCAUUAUUGAAGUUGUGGGGGAACCAGUGCAUCUUGUUGGGAAUUCAAUGGGCGGCUAUUUUGUUGCAAUUGUUGCUGGUCUCUGGCCUGCUGUAGCGAAGUCUAUUGUCCUUAUUAAUUCUGCUGGCAAUGUUGUUCCUCAAUAUUCUUCCGUGCCUUUGUCGAAAGAAAGGCAAACUUCAGCAGCUGCUUGGUUGGGUGCUAGACUCCUACUAUUCUACUUGAGGCUGAGUGUCAAGAAUCUAAUGACAAACUUGUACCCAACGCAAGUAGAGCGAGCCGAUGAUUGGGUUAUUAACGAAAUGGUACGAGCUUCACAUGAUCCUGGUGUGGUGGUAGUUCUUGAAAGCAUAUUCACCUUCAAUCUUUCUAUUCCUCUAAACUAUCUUUUGGAAGGAUUUGAGAACCGGGUUCUUGUUAUACAGGGAAGGAAAGAUCCACUCUACAACUCUCAAACGAUAUUGGCCUUGCUUAGAGAGCACUGCAAAGGAGUCACAAUCAGGGAACUUGAUGCUGGCCAUUGCCCACAUGAUGAGCGGCCGGAAGCAGUGAAUUCUAUUAUUCAGGAAUGGGUAGUUACUGUGGGAGCUAGAGUGCUAUCUGGUGGCAGAACGUGAUGAGGAAGUUGUUGGAUGAACUUUCUCCGGCCCAUCUUUGGCAACGAACCUUUUCGGCUCGGAUUAUGGUCUGUUUCUCCUGCUUCGGGAAAUUGCAAGUUUCUUAGGAGUGGAUCAUCAUCUACCAUUUAUGUGGGUUCUCUUUGAUAUACUGCUGCAAUUGGAUAAUGUGUAUCUAAUUCUUUCUAUACACCAUAUUUUCACCAAUUUCACUUGA